GCGCGGCUAGCUACCCGGACUGUCGGACUCUGCUCCUGGCCGGGCCAGCCCGGCUCUGGGGCGCCGGGCCGGAAACGCAGGCGGGGCCGGCUUACUCGCAGGCGGUGCGGGGCGGGCUGGGCCCUACCUCUUCGCCCUGCCUCAGUUUCCCUUUUCCAAGGCGUAGAAUGAAAAUCAGACGGCCGGGCUUGGAACUCUGACCUGUCCGCAGAGACCAACUGAUCCUAGCCAACGAAGGCACCCCGGGGUGCUGGAAAGCGUUUCCGUGAUCACUGCCAGGACUGGGUGGGAGGAUCAGACCUUCUGCAGAGAGGUUGACAGGUGGUGAGCUCUGCAGGAACCCUGGUGCCUGCCUAUGGGUGCUACGUCUGAGAAUGUCCAUGGGGAGAGUGGGUGUGGAAAGAAAUAGUGCAAGACAGGAAGGUCUGGAGGGCUUCUGGAAGCAGGGCCACCCUUGUCAUUGACACUCCAGAUACAGCCAGAGCCCCACUUGAUAUCCUGUUCCCUGAUGGCCACCUUUAUUAAAGUAAAAAUGCUUUAGAAGGAGGGAGAAGAAAAUGGCUUAUCUUGGCAGCCAACAGGGAUGAAUUCUACCACAGACCAUCCAAGCUAGCCGACUUCUGGGGGAAUAACAAUGAGAUUCUUAGUGGGCUCGACAUGGAAGAAGGCAAGGAAGGAGGCACGUGGCUGGGCAUCAGCACUGGGGGGAAGCUAGGGGCGCUCACCAACUACCUGCAGCCAAGGCUGGACCAAGAUACCCGUGGCAGAGGUGAACUUGUAACCAACUUUCUGACCACUGACAUGGACAGCUUGUCCUACCUGAAGAAGGUCUCCCAGGAGGGCCACCUGUACAAUGGCUUCAAUCUCAUAGCAGCUGACCUGAGUACAGCAAAAGGAGAUGUCAUUUGUUACUAUGGAAACCGGGGGGAGCCUGAGCCCAUCACCCUGAUGCCAGGAACCUAUGGGCUGAGCAACGCACUGCUGGAGACACCCUGGAGGAAGCUGUGUUUUGGGAAGCAGCUCUUCCUGGAGGCUGUGGAGCAGAGCCAGGUGCUCCCUAAGGAUGCCUUUGUUGCCCAGCUCCUGGACGUGCUGAACAACGAGGAGGCACAGCUGCCAGACCCAGCCAUUGAGGACCAGGGCCAGGAGUAUAUACAGCCCCUACUGAACAAGUAUGCAGCUGUGUGUGUGCGCUGCCCAGGCUAUGGCACCAGAACCAACACCAUUAUCCUUGUGGAUGCAAAUGGCCAGGUGACCUUCACAGAACGCAGCAUGCUGGACAAGGAUCCCUCCUGCUGGGAGACGAACACCUAUGAGUUCAUGCUACAGAGCUAACAGGGCUCCUGGGAGGCCUUGCCUCAAGGCCAGUGUGGACUAGAAUCUUCAUGGCCAUACUGCACUGCCCAUGACUCAGCCAGUGUCCUCCAGGCCCAGGGCCCUCUGAUCUGUGUGUUACCUGUCCAUGUCCCUGUACCUAGCUUAGGGCCUGCCUUUGUGCCAAUGGUGAGUGACAGAGUCUGAUGCUAGGGCUGGGAAGGCCCAGGUAUGUCAUACAUUGAGAAUGUACCUGGGUCUACCCUGCCUGUGUGCAUAGGCAUACACAUACACAUAUAGGGCACGUGUUAACACAUUUAUUGUCAUACACACGCACAUGUGUACAUGGAUAGGUGCACACAAAUGCACACGUGGGGUAUGCAGGCAGAGGAGCACCUCUUACCACACAUGGACUUCUAGCCAGUAGGUCUUUGCUCUGGUCAAGUGGCAGUGGUAAGCUUUUGUUUAAAUGGGCCUUUUCUUUCCUGGGAGCACAGAGUACAACUGUAGUUCAGUUCCUGACAAUCAGACCUCCUUCUGCAGAGGAGACAGGCCACAUUUGGAACUUGGAGCACAAAGAAGACAUAAGAAAAACCCAUUUUCACAACUGAAGCACAGCCUUAGAUAUCCAGUGACCCUGCAUGUGCCAGGGGUUCCUGUGUACAUGGGGUAGUUUCAUGUACACUGGAUGGUUUUAGGAUGGUGUAGGUAUCCCACGUAUCCUGGGAGGUUCUGUGUGCACCAGGGGUCCCAUGCACACUGGUCAUUCCCGCCAGGGAGGGCAAGUGAGCGUGUGCUGGGGACUUCUAGGCCCUUCCUUAUCCGGGUGAGCAUUGAGGGCUCUGAGCAGGCCUGUCUCAGCAAGGGGACUUAACUAACCCUUGCUGUCUCCCUUCUCCUUCUUGGAGAGUUGAGCUUCAUAGGAGUCUGAACUUCUGUGAGCUAUGGAUAAUAAAGCUUUGAGUCUGUGA